UCAAGGUGAAAGCUUGUUAGCACACAACCAGCUUUUCAAAGCUACGUGCGGGUUUCCCAUCUGUUAUUGAUAACAAAACACCGUGUUAUCACUUGUCUCCAAGUGAUCAGCGUGUGUUAUUCGCAUCUAAUGUGCUUGCAAAAUAUGGAAAUUGCUCCCUUGCUCACAUUCUCCAUCAAGCAAAGCAAAGUCAUACGCUAUUCCGACCGUGAACUAAGAGGCAUUGAAUACUUUGAUAUCUACUGAAUCUGAUAACAAUGUUUGACCAGCAGGGGGACAUUUCUGAUGAUGAUUCUGAUGAGCCGUCUUCUUCUCACGCAAAGGAUGAUGCUCUUGCAAGCUUCCGGGAACAAUGGCAACAAGAAUUGAGGAUUUCCAACAAAAAUAAACAAGAUGGAGACUUUAAAAAUUCAAAAAAUGUUUUACAAGACAAGAAAGAUGAAGAAAACAUUGAGAAAAAGGCAAAAACUUGGUAUUUAAAAGGUGCAGAGCUUGAAAAAGCCGGUAUAUUCUACGAGGCUAUACAAUGUUAUAAAGCAGUCCAACUUGUUCCUGAUAUCGAAUUCAAAGUCUGUCAAAACCCACCAACUCGUGUUGAAGCAUUUACAUCACAAGAAGACACACAAGAGUUAUAUCAUCCGGAAGAGGACUCUGAUGAUGAAGAAAUAAAAGAUGGCGCUGUAUUCGCACACAUUCAACGCAAAAUGGCGAAAAGUUUGAUAAUCUGUGAACCAGGUUAUGAACAACGGGCAAUGCAUAUAUCAAGUUUACCAACUGAAAUCCUCCUCUACAUCUUCAAAUGGGUUGUUUCUUCAGAUCUAGACCUGCGAUCACUAGAAAUCUGUUCAAUGGUAAGUCGUGGAUUCUAUCUGGUUGCGCGUGAUUCAGAAAUCUGGAAAUUGUCAUGUUUGCGCGUCUGGGGUGCGAAUUGCGGCACGCCCACAUCAAAUUAUCCAACAUGGCGAGAGAUGUUCAUACAUCGUCCAAGAUUACACUUCAAUGGUUGUUAUAUCAGCAAAACAACUUACAUCCGUCAUGGAGAGAAUAGUUUUCAAGAUCAAUUCUAUCGCCCGUGGCAUUUAGUCACUUACUAUCGUUACCUGCGCUUUUUUCCUGACGGUACAGUCUUAAUGUUAACCACGCCUGAUGAACCACAUCAAUCUGUGAGUCUCUUGAACCGCAAUGGAAAAACACCUUUAAGCGGCCAUUACCGCUUGAAAGAUGAUCGUGUCAUACUAGUCGUGCAAGAUCAAAAGAAAGUCGCUGUCAAAAAGGGUAAGAAUGUCAGCAACAAGUGGCAGCAUGAGAAUGGCGAGCAGACUUUCCAUCUGGAGUUUCAAAUCCUCAAUGGGAAUAAUAAACGUAAACAUAUGCAACUCGUAUGGAAGUAUUAUGAUAUUUUCAUUGAGAACAAAAAUGGUACGGUGUCAAAGAGUGGGUUUGAUAUUGUUAACAGUCGUUUUCCGCCAUUGUGGUUUUCCAGGGUGAAGAGUUACACGAAAGAAACAGAUAGUUGCUUGAUAUAAUAUCACAGUACAUGUUUUAGGUUAGUUUUGGGUUAUUGUAGGUUAGAAAAUGUGCAAAAGUAAAGUUUAAAGAAUUUAUUUGUUUACAUUAGCAGUAAUUGUUUGUUAAUAUAAUAUAUUAUUGUUGUUUGA